CUUUUCUCUUCAUCCUCGUUAAUUCAUUCAUUUGCCCUUGCCCUUUUACGUUUCGCUCAACGUGCGCACUAGGUCCAAACAUACUGACUGGACCCCUCCCGGUAUUGUGUUUUGAACUCACCAGCUCUGCAGUUGAGCAAUCUCAUAAAAUUGGGAGAAACGAAAACAGCCUAUCGCCAUGUCGUCAGAGCGUUCACAACGGCGUCUAUGUGAGGAGAUUAGUGAACGAUGUCCCGUCGAAUUGACCUUGUACGGCUAUUACCCUAACCUUGGAGUCAACUCAUUCUUCGUCGCCCUGUUCGGAAUCUGCUUCGUGGCGCAAUUAUUCUUGGGCAUCAGGAAAAAGACGUGGACCUAUAUGGCCGUGCUUGUGAUAGGAUGCUUUGGAGAAGCCAUUGGUUAUGUUGGCCGGGUAAUGAUGCACGCCAAUCCUUGGAGCGACGCUGGGUUCAAGAUUCAGAUCUGUUGUCUGGUGCUGGCACCGAGUUUCCUUGCCGCGGGCAUCUAUGUGACGCUCAAGCACAUUGUGCGAUACUGUGGAGCAGAGCAUUCGAGACUCAAAGCCUGGCUGUAUCCCUGGAUCUUCAUCGGAUGUGACUUUGGGUCAAUUAUUCUCCAGGCUAUUGGAGGUGGAGUUGCUUCUGCCGCUGGCAACAAUGGCGAGAACCGCAAAAUGCUGGAAGCUGGCAACAAUCUGAUCGUUGCCGGUAUCGCGUUCCAAGUGGCCACCAUGUCUGUCUGUGGACUCCUCAUGCUGGACUUUUUCAUUCGAUUCAAAAAGGCCACCAAGGCGGGGUCAAGUCAUGUGCUAGGGGAGUACGAAAAGGACCGAUCGUCGCCCAAGAUUGUUCGCAACUUUCGCCUGUUUUGUUAUGCUAUCUUACUGGCAUACACCACCAUUCUUAUCCGUUGCAUCUAUCGGUUACCAGAAAUGUCAGGAGGCUGGGGCAACGAACUGAUGAGAAAAGAGACCGAGUUUCUGAUCCUAGACGGCAUGAUGGUCGCAAUUGCUUGUGUCGCCAUGACCGUCUUUCACCCAGGUAUUUUCUGUCGGCCAGGUUUCUUCAACGACAAGACAGAAAGCUCGAAAGAUUCAAGUUCGAAUUCCGAGGAAGAAAAGGCUCCCUCAGAAGACGGGGUCGUACAGAACGAACCUCACACUGUAGAAAAGUGAACGGCUGGCGCCGUUGGCCGUAGGGACGCAGCACACGUGGCAGUUACCAGGCAGUAACAGACAACAUCUCCGGCCAGAAUGGGCAUUCAUUUGGACAUGGACAUUGGGAUGCGAGCAGUACGGAUUUGCAUUUUACGUAGACUUUUGAUAGCGAUAGACGUUCUAGAGGCAAACGCUUG